AUGGCUCUGUGGAGCAGUUACAUCACCCUGGUGGCCACGGUGGCCACUGUGUCCCUGUGUCCCCAUCUCAGCUGCCAUGGUGAUGGUGGGGUGGUGACCAGUGGGACAUUGGGGCCACCAUGGGGUGACUUUGUGGAGCAGUUACGUCACCCUGGUGGCCACGGUGUCCCCGUGCUGACCCCACCCUCGCGUCCCCAGCUCGCCUGCCGUCGCGACCGCUGGGUGGCGACCAACGGCACCUCGGGGCCGCCCCGCGGCGGCGGCUGCGCCGAGCACCCCAAGUACUACAGCCACAUCGCCCUGCUGGCCCUGGUGGCCACCGUCAUGCUGGUCCAGGUGAGCCACAUGGUCAAGCUGACCCUCAUGGUGCUCAUCACCGCCGCCACCGGCGCCGUCAACUUCUCCGCCUGGGAGCCCAUCUUCGACCAGUACGACCGGCGGCGCGGCCAGCACAGCUCGUCCGUGCUGGUCCCCUCCAAGUAUUCCAUGACCGCCAUGAUCUUCGUGGUGAUGCUCAGCUUCUACUACUUCUCGCGGCACGUGGAGAAGCUGGCCCGGACGCUGUUCCUGUGGAAGAUCGACGUCCACGACCAGAAGGAGCGCGUCUCCGAGAUGCGCCGCUGGAACGAGGCGCUGGUGGCCAACAUGCUGCCCGAGCACGUGGCCCGCCACUUCCUGGGCUCCAAAAAGCGCGACGAGGAGCUGUACAGCCAGUCCUACGAGGAGAUCGGGGUGAUGUUCGCCUCCCUGCCCAACUUCGCCGACUUCUACACGGAGGAGAGCAUCAACAACGGCGGCAUCGAGUGCCUGCGCUUCCUCAACGAGAUCAUCUCCGACUUCGACGCGCUGCUGGACGAGCCGCAGUUCCGCUGCAUCACCAAGAUCAAGACCAUCGGCAGCACCUACAUGGCCGCCUCCGGGGUGACGCCCGACGCCGGCGCCAACGGAUUCGGAGCCAAGAAGGAUCCGCGCUCGGAGAAGGAGCGCUGGCAGCACCUGGCCGACCUGGCCGACUUCGCGCUGGCCAUGAAGGUGACGCUGAUGAACAUCAACUACCAGUCCUUCAACAACUUCAUGCUGCGCAUAGGGAUGAACAAGGGGGCGGUGCUGGCCGGCGUCAUCGGGGCGCGCAAGCCCCACUACGACAUCUGGGGCAACACGGUCAACGUGGCCAGCAGGAUGGAGUCCACCGGAGUCAUGGGCAACAUCCAGGUGGUGGAGGAGACGCAGCAGAUCCUGAAGGAAUACGGAUUCCGCUUCGUCCGCCGCGGCGCCGUCUACGUCAAGGGCAAAGGCGAGCUCCUGACGUUUUUCCUGAAGGGCCGCGAAAAACCGGGAUCGUUCCUCGGAUCCGCCACCGUCCCCCUGCCCCACCAGGUGCUGGAGAAUUCCUGAGGAUUCUUUGGGAAUCUCCAACCGGAUCCGGAACCCGACCCCCUCGGCACGGCCCCCUUCCCGGAGGUUUUUUUGGGGGUUUUUUUUUGGGGGUGGGGGUUUUUAGUUCCGUGUGGAAAAGAGGGAAAGGCGGAUCCGGGUUUUUCCCGGGGUUUUCCCGCCGCGGGAAUUCCGGACUCGGAGCGGUGGCGGCAAUUCCAGGAGAUCCAAACUCAGGGAUGGUUGGGAAGACUCCGCGUCUCUUCCGCGUGCCGGGAGCGGGAGCAAAUCCGGGAUUUUCCCGGAAAUUCCUCCCGAAUUCGAGAGCUCGGGUCCGGCUUGGAUAUGGGGAAGGACGGGAGUUGUGUAUUCCAGAUCCAUAAAUUU